GAUGCACUAGCUAAAAUGGGUGAUCAACAACACUCUUCUCAUGAAAAGUUUCUGUUUGCUGCCUUUAAAUACAAGAGAAGAGAAUCAGACCCCGGACACUGCUGGCUGAUAUGCAAGGGCAAGGGACUUCUGAGGGACCAUCACACCAUGGCUACCAUCAGCACUGAAGGACAAAAGCCAACAGUUCCGUUGGAUGUCAUCUCCAACCUUGGGCUGGAGAAAUAUUAUCCCAACAAACUCAGUCUUCAGUCUGUUUUGGAAGUCAACAAAAGCAGCAUAUAUGAAAAAGCUGUUUUAUCAGUGGAUGAAAUGCCAUUUCAUUUCCUAAGAAAACUGUUUCAAAUCAAUGCAGGGUGCAGGAACUGCACACGUUUGUUCAGCAGCCAUGAGGAAACUGAUGACAACCCUGACCUACUGGACCUUUACACAGAAUGUAACCAAUCAGAAAACACAGUUCAUCCUCUUGACCUGAUAGUAGGUCUGUUUCUUUGUGCCGACACCUUCUUACAGCAGGAAAUGGCACUUAAAAUGUCGUUAUGCCAGUUUUCUGUCCCGCUGCUGUUGCCCCACACCGACAACAAUCAAUGUACCCUGAUGCUAUGGGCUCUGAGAGAAAUUGUCAAAGAGUGGUGUCCACAUGAUUUGUCUCAAUCAAGAGGAUUUGUUGAGGACAACAUUGCCCAAGCAAGAAUGCCGUUCUUUUCCUUUGUGAGGUUAAAAAACUGCAGUUUAUCUAAAUCUCAGUUUUUGAAUCAGAUCCUCAGCCGUGACCAGCAGACUCACAACAUGUUCAUACACCGAGACAUGGAAGGAGGAGCACUGACUCGAAAACUGUCAAAUGGUCUGGUGGAAGUUUGUUGGUUCCUUCCUUGUGGGAGAGAAAAUCUUGAUGUAUUCCCAGAACCAGUUGCAUUUGCUAAUUUGCGAGGCGGCAUUUGUGAGUCACUUGUACAGUUUACUUUUCUUUAUGAAGUGUCCAAUGCAGUCUUCAUAUUCCUGGACAAAGUUGAAGAAAAGGAGCAUCACAUUCUGAAGGCUCUGCAAGAUGCAAAAUCCAGACUCUAUUUUGUUGUUCAUCGCAAAGAGAGUGUCGCUGAAAAUAUGAUGUCUGUCCAGAAAACACUGCAAGAAUUGGCUGUACCAAUGAGCAGUGUUAAAAUCAAAGAUUCAAGGAUAAAUACAGCAGAGUUUUCAAAAAAGCUAUGUGGAGCCAUCAAGACCUCACUGUGUUCCAUAAAAAACACAAUGAGUAUUGCAGACAUGCGAGAAAAAGCAGUUGAAUUAGGUCUGUCUGUGGAUGAAAACAAAACUCUUGAGCAGAAAAAAACUGCUGAGGAGAUCAUGAGGGGGAUUGGUGUGCGAAGUAUACCACACUACAAAAAACAACAGCUUCCUUUGCAAGGAGAGAAUUGGAAGAGAUUAUCACAACUGGAGAAGAAGGAAUGCAGAAUCAGUGAUGUUGGCACUGAUGCCGUUGAGCAUUAUAAAGCUCAGCUACAAGAGGAGAAAAAGCACAUUUGGGAAGAGCAAAAACAGCAAAAAGCAUCUCAAGGAAUGCUGGCUUUUAUUGACACCUUAUCAACGAGCAACAGAGAGAGAAGACAUUUUUUCUUGAAGUGGAUGAAAUUCAGGUUUAAUGACCAUUCUCGGGACAAACUGACUAUCCUGCGUAACAAAUUCAAAGAGCAAUGCAAAACAAAGGAUGCCAAACUCAUUGCGGAGGUUGAUCAAGCCUUGUUGGACAGCUCUUUAGGGGUAGAGCAUUACAUGAGAGAAAUGGGACUUCACUAUGAGGUUUCUGUGCACUCAGAUGAUAGCACAAAUAAAAUGUCCCAUUUGCCUGAAGUAGCUGCUGAAAUGCUGUUGGAUGGUUAUCCAUUAGAACUUUUAGAUGGAGUUGCUUCAAACGUUCCAGAGAAGUGGGUGACAGCCGUGUUAAUGGAACUUCACGAGAAGGUCGGGGGAAAGAGCAGGUUGUUAGUACUAACGGUGUUGGGGGUUCAAAGUAGUGGAAAAUCAACCCUUCUCAACACCAUGUUUGGUGUUCAGUUUACUGUCAGCAGUGGCAGGUGUACAAGAGGGGCCUACAUGCUCUUUCUCAAAGUUGGAGAUGAUACACAACAAGAGUUGGGAUGUGACUUCAUUCUCCUCAUUGAUACUGAAGGUCUGAAAUCGCCUGAGCUCGCACAACUAGAAGAUAGUUAUGAGCAUGACAACCAGCUGGCAACCUUUGUCAUUGGUUUAAGUGAUGUUACCAUUAUAAACAUUGCAAUGGAGAAUGCAAACGAAAUGAAAGAUGUCCUGCAAAUUGCUGUUCAUGCCUUCUUGAGAAUGAAAGAAAUUGGGAAAAAGACAAUUUGUCAUUUUGUGCACCAAAAUGUUGCUGGAGUUUCAGCUCAUAGCAGAACCUUGGCAGAGAGACAACAUCUCUUGGACAAACUCAAUGAAAUGACACAGAUUGCAGCUGACAUGGAAAGACAACCUUUGAUUCAAGCGUUCACAGAUGUGCUGGACUAUGACGUGGAAAACAACAACUGGAACAUCCCAGGACUUUGGCAUGGAACCCCUCCAAUGGCACCAGUAAACACUGGUUACAGUGAAGCUGUGUCAGAGUUCAAGAAAAAUCUUCUGGAGACAGUAGGAAAACAAAGGCAAUCCUCAGCCACAAAGAUCCCAGACUUUGUACAGUGGAUGAGAAGUCUGUGGAAAUCAGUGAAAUAUGAGAACUUCAUCUUUAGUUUCAGAAACACUCUUGUGGCCCACGCUUAUGACAACCUGUGCAAAGAGUUCAACCAGUGGGAAUGGGAGAUGCAAAAAGAAAUCCUCUCCAGACUGACAGCAGCAGAGUUAGAAGUUGUAAAUGCCAACAACGAGGGUGGAUUGGAAACAUGGAACACGUUGGUCAGUCUCAAAAAAGCACAACUAGCUGAAGAAAUAGAAUCACAAAAAAACAAAAUGAAAAAGAAACUCUCUGAUUAUUACAGAAAGAGAGACCGACACGCAAACCUGAUUGAGAAAUACAAAACAGACUUUUUCAAUAGCAUCACAAGCCUAUCAAAUGGGAUUCAACAUUCCGUCAAUGCUAAAUUAGAAGGAGCCCUUGAGCGAAAAAUUGCUUUGAGAAAGGCACUGGACAUAAUACAGGAGUACUGUGGCACGAUUGAAGAGAGAGUCAUGAAGCUUCUGAGUGAAUGCAAAGACACCAAACUGUCUGAUGAUCAACUGCAAGAGGAGUUUGACAAAAUGUGGGCUGCUGCUACUGCCAAUGUACCUACACUGAAAGAACAAGAUAUACAUGCAUCCAUUCUCACGCAGCUGAAGAGGAAUUUAUCAAACCGUAAUGUCAGUGAAGACUUACAGCACAUUGAAGACCUAAAGAGCUUUGGAAGGGACACAUUUAAGACAAGGAUUGACCAUGUUGAUUCCUUAAUGAAGAAGAUGAAAUAUAUGUGGACACAAGAGUUACAGAUGUUUGCAGAGAAUGUGAUUGAGACAUCAACACAGUUUGUUGUUGAUAAAACCAAGUCAGAUGAUGAUUACCAUGAUUCUUUGUCAAGGGAUCUGCUGCAAAGGAUUGAUGAAUCACUAAAUGAAGGUUAUAAGUCUCACAGAUCGAAUAUAAGAUUUGAGAUUGACCUCAAACUUCAUAUUUGCGGAAUUGCCGCCAGAGCAUUUCUCCAAAUGCACCAAAGAUUCUUGUCAGAUAAUGACCCCCGAGCACAGCUGGAAAAGUACAAGCAUCAAUACUUGUCAGACUUUCUGGAUUUGUACAAAGAGACAGAUCAUUGCCAACGCAAAGCAAAUGAUUAUGUCCAGUUUUGUAUCAAGCCCGCCAUUGAGGAUUACAUGAACAGAGCUUUGGGAAUUGACAUUGUAGACGACAUUUUGACAAGCUGUCAUUCCGUGGAGUACAGUUCACGCUCCUGUUUCCAGCACAACAUUCAGAAAGAGUUACUACUGAAAGAUGACUUUGAGGAUUUUGUCAAGUACAUUUGUCACUACGAAAUGUAUGUAAAGGAUUGGAUAUUUGAGCAGGUCUUAAAAAAAAUGCAAGACAACACUUUGUGUGAAUUAAAGCAGAAAAACCUGGAAGUUGUAGUUGUCAAAAUACUCAACGCAAUGAAGGAGGCCUCAAGUCUGCUAUCAGAUGACAAUGAAAAUGUUCCAACUCUUGUCUGCGAAAUGCGCAAAUAUCUGAUUAACGACAUUGCAAUAUCAGAGGAGACUGAAAAACGCACUUUGUUUCAGAUCAAAAGCACAUGUCAGUCAUUCACACAAAGUUUUACUGCAUCCUUGAACACGUUAAAGAAAACACUUCAUGUGGAAUUCUCCAACGUUGAAGACAUACCUGAAACCCUAAAUAAACUUGCAGUAAAACCACAGGAUGAGCUCUUCAAGAGGAUAUUUGGUUGCGGACACCAGUGCCCAUUUUGUAAAAUUCCUUGUGAGGCUGGAGGCAAAGAACACAAGAAACAUCAUGCUGCUGUGCAUCGGCCGCAGGGGCUGACAGGAUACAGAAACUCUGAAACCAAAGUACUUGUUGAAACUCUAUGUACAACUGAUAUGCAGACUGAUCGCGCAUUUAAAGUCUAUGACGGGAAAGCUCAGCUGUUUGUUCCAUACAAAGAAUACACUACCUACUAUCCUGACUGGCACAUUCCACCAGAUGCCACAUUCGAAGCGUCUGAUUACUGGAAGUUUGUACUUGUACUCUACAAUAAGAGAUUUGCUCAAAGGUACAAGAGCAAGCCAGCUGAUGUUCCAGAGGCCUGGAAGAAAAUCACAAAGGAGCAAGCCCUCAAGGGUCUGAAAGAUACUUUCAACAUGAGUUAAUAGUAUGGACUGACAACAGUAGUAAACAUGCUUGGUGUAAUGUAGAUUUCAAAUAAUAAAUGGAUUACAUUUCUACAGCACUGUUCUCGGUCCUCAAAGAUGCUGAUAAUAAAUACUGUGGAUCCUCAGUAGUGUCCGCUGUGGUUAGUGUGGUGUCUUGCUGCCACAUUGUGUCUUUAAAAACAGCCCCUUCAAGAAUCAUAUCUUUAAUAAAGGUAAAAAUAACCUUAAAUGUUCAUUUAUCCCUUUCAUUCAUCAUUUAUAUUGAUAAUGGUAAUGGUUCAAUUUUAUUUGAACCUGCAUACACGUUACAAUGGAAUACAUUCCAUCGUACAUUUCGCAGUUCCACAUAUCCAAAAGGAGUAUUGUAUUUGUACUUUAUUCAUCCCACAGCGGGGAAAUUCACUUGUUACAGCAGCAAGCAAGAUACGCAAGUAAAGAAUACAUAUUGACUACAACAUGGUUCAGGUGGUGCAGGUGUUGUAGAGCCUGACAGCGGUCGGUAUGAGGGACCUGCGGAACCUCUCCUUCUUACACCGUGGGUGUAACAGUCUGCUGCUGAAGGAGCUGCUAAGGGAACCCACAGUGUCAUGUAGCGGGUGAGAGGUGCUGUCCAUGAUGGACGUCAGCUUAGCCAACAUCCUUCUCUCCCCCACUUCCUUCACGGAGUCCAGAGGACCGUUCAGGACAGAGCUCGCUCUCCUGAUCAGUCUAUUGAUCCUGCUCCUGUCCCUGUCCGUGCUGCCCCCUCUCCAGCAGCCCACAGCAUAGAAGAUGGCUGAGGCCACCACAGAGUCAUAAAAGGUCCGUAAAAGAGUCCUGCACACACCAAAGGACCUCAGUCUCCUCAGCAGGUGGAGGUGACUCUGGCCCUUCUUGUCGAGGGCGUGGGUGUUGACGGACCAGUCCAGUUUGUUGUUAAGGUGAACACCCAGGAAUUUGUAGCUGUCUACCAACUCUAUGUCCGCUCCCUGGAUGUUCACCGGUGUGAAGAGAGAUGUUUUCCUCUGGAAGUUAAUGAUCAUCUCCUUUGUCUUGCUGGUGUUGAGUUGCAGCUGGUUAAGCUCACUCCAGCUGACAAAGUCCCUGAUGACCAUCUUGUAUUCCAGAUCAUUCCCCUCUGAAACACAACCCACGAUGGCUGUGUCAUCGGAGAACUUCUGGAUGUGACACUGUGUGGAGUUGCGUGUGAAGUCCGAGGUGUAGAGGGUGAAGAGGAAAGGGGAGAGCACCGUACCCUGCUGCAGAGUACCAUGUCAGACACACAGUGACGGAGCCUCACAUACUGUGGUCUGUUGGUGAGGUAGUCUAUAACCCAUGCAGUCAGGUGUUGGUCUACUCCCACACUCUCCAUCUUCACUAGUAGUGACGGCUGGAUGGUGUUAAAGGCACUGGAGAAGUCAAAAAACAUGACCCUCACAGCGCUCCCGCUGUCCUCCAGGUGUAGCAGUGAUCUGUGCAGCAGGUCGAUCACUGCGUUGUCCACUCCGAUCCAAAGCCGGUAAGCAAACUGCAGGGGGUCCAGCUGAGUGCCCACCAGGGGUCGCAGGUGCUGCAGGAUAAUCCUCUCCAUGGUCUUCAUCAGGUGAGAGGUCAAGGCAACAGGCCUGAAGUGGUUAGGCUCCUUGGGACGAGGUGUCUUUGGUAUCAGGACCACAAAGGGGGUCUUCCACAGGCCCGGGACUUUCUCCAGGCUCAGGCUGAGAUUGAACAAGUGCCUGAGAACUCCACAGAGGUGGUCAGCACAGUCCUUGAGGAUUCUAGGGCUGAUGCCGUCCGAUGCCAUCCGGGAGUAGGAAGAAGCAAAGCCUAUUCCUACCCCCCAUCUGUUUCACAUCAAUUGCAAUACAUUUGUUCACUUCCUGUAUUCCAAAGGUGGCCUUUACCAAUUAAUACAUAGGAACAUGAGCUAAUGUAACAAUGUGGAUAUAUGAUUGUCAAGGUUAUUCCAUAAUCAAUAAUUAAUUAAUUAUUUAAUAAUAAAUUCAUUAAUAAUGAAUGACUAUAAUUAAUAAAUAUACAGUAUAUAAUAAUCAGUAUAAUAAAUGAAUAAAUCACAACAAAGGUCGAAUAAUAGGUACUUUGGGUAGCAGGUUAUUGUGUGUUUUAUGCAUAAUUUUAGUGGUUUUAACAAAUUUUAACAUUUGUGAUUGCGACCAUCGGCCAAUGGCCGUUGUCGUGGAAUCCAAGAUGCAGAGACAAGACUUCCGUGAAACAAAGGUUUAAUACAAAAAGUGUCCACACAGUGGUAAAACACAAAAAGGACAGAAAAACAAGAAACAAAGUACAACCAAACUACACCUGGUCACAGGGAAAAAUAGACAAAAACAGAAAACGCUUCCAAGCACGGUUACAGAGCAGGAAAAAGGGUACAAAACACAAACCAAAAGAGCUGCAUAAAAACUAGCAGAAACAAUCAAACGUAAAGAGACCGCUGCUGGAGAUUGCCAAGCAGGGAACAAGGUACUUACAAAAACUGACUAAGUAAUUGACCAGAAAGCAGAAUACGCUGAGAACAGGAAUGCUGGAAGGAGCAGGUCACUGUAGCAUGUCAGGUAACAAUCUGGCAUUGUAGUGGUGUCUGCACACAGCUACUGUAAAGUAGGCCUACUAAUCAGACGCAGGUGUGACCAAUUAGCUCCUCAUGGUGGAAUAGAGGUGUGCUGCAACACACAGAUAGUGACAAAGCAGCACAGAACAUGACAGUGACUUCAGAAAUAGAAGAUUUGGAUGUUCUCUAUACGCGGCAUUGUGCAUUAUCCUAACUGAUCUUCUUUGCAGUACAGUACAUUUAGUACAGGCCUCCAUGAUGCUCCAUGAUGCUUGCCUCAAAUUAUGUCUCCUUUCCUCUUCCUGCCCGAGGUGCUUAAUGAAGACUUGAGUGUCACUAAUUCAUGCAUAAAACUUGAGUCUCACUGAUUAAUUGAUAAUCAACGUAAACAAAGACUCGAGUUUCACUGAUUCACGCCACGGGUGUUGACGUGAGUCAUGAACGAAUCAUUUAAAAGUGUAUUCCGUGAAUGUUAUAGUUAAUUAUAAUAUUCACUGCUAAAUCUUAUACAGCCAUCCCUUGCCACUUUACACGUCCAAUUUUGCGGCUUCACUCUAUCACGAUUGUUCAUAAAUAUAUUAACUAAUAAAUCAUGCUAUAUUGUGGUUGACUAUAGCUUGUUAUUAGUCAUAAUUAUGCAGAUUUAAGCUAAUUUCAUGUAUUUGUUUUUCUAAAUUAAGCAUGGUCAAGCAUAAAAAUGGCAAAAUGAACAAAAAUACAUCUAUAAGACAUUCGGAAGAAGCAUAAUGUUACAGUGAUGUUCGGUGAGACACAAAAGCGCCAGACUUCCUGGAACAAAAGGCUCAUGCCACCUGUCAUGAUAAACAUUUUUACAAAAAUAAUAACAUAAAAUAAGUAUUAUUUCGAAUCGGGUUUGAAUCUCCAGUGAUUCCUUUGAAUCGGGAAUCACUGUGUGGAUUUUGCGUGUUGUUCCCGUGCCUGUGUGCGUACUCUGGCGUCCUCCCACAUUCCAAAAACAUGCAUGUUAGGUUAAUUGCAGACUCUAAAUUGUCCAUAGGUAUGAAUGUGAGUGUGAAUGGUUGUUUGUCUAUACAGUAUGUGCCCUGUGAUUGGCUGGCGACCAGUCCAGGGUGUACCCCGCCUCUUGCCUGAAGUCAGCUGGGAUAGGCUCCAGCAUACCCGCGACACUAGUGAGGAUAAGCAGCAAAGAAGAUGGAUGGAUGCAAGUAUUAUUUGUCUAUUGAGCUGUAUAAUAAAUGUAUUUCCUGUAUAAUUCCUGUAUAAUCGGUUUUUAACGUUUUAAGUAAAAGUCGCUGAAUUUGGACAUUUCCUAUUCAAAUACAGGGAAGAAACCCAAGAUGAUGCUGACUCCAGCGUCUCUUCUCAGCUUAGUAUGCAAGGCCUGCCUGCCGUCUCAGUGCACUCAGUGAGGUGCACUCACUGAGUUGGAUCAUGGCACCCGCCAGUUUCUAUUUGUCAGCAUGUGGCCAAUAAUGCAGAAAAAUGUAUUAUACGCCAUGACUUUUUGCAGCCUGUAUAAUGACUUUAAUAUAAGUGUGACAUCAUUAUUCUUGCUAAUCCCACAAUAGAAAUGUCAAACAGGACACACCUGCAGUACUUGCUUUAUUCUGAAGGGGUUUUGGCACACGUGAGCUGGAAGGUGCUUGUCACUGCCAUUCUUCCAUGGGAUGUUUUUUUUUGACAGCUGGAGAGCAGCAAGUCUCAUGCAUGAAGUAUAUUUUUAUUCUCUGCUGAAUGAAUAAAUGAAUUUGACUGACAAGAUGGAUGAUUAGUUAUUCAAUUUAAAAAAUGGAUCCAUAUGACUAAAAACUUAGUCAUUUUGAAAACAAAAUUUGUGUUUUUUUUCUUGUUGUCCUCUUAAUGAGCACUAAUGAGCAAUCUGUGUUAAAAUUUAAAAGAAAACACAAAGGAGUUAGUGCCUCACCAGCCAUGAACCUCACCGCAUGUCACUGAGUAUUAGUUUUGUUGAGGACUUUGUAGCAGUGUGUGCAGAGGCUGACAUCCCAUUAUAAAAGGUAGCAAACAUCUGUUUCUGAAACACUAGGAAAAAUUGUCCAAAAAUAACGGGCAUUUUAUUUACUGACACAGAGAGCACACACACGGUGGUGGUAAAAAAAAAAAAAAAAAAAAAGUGUAAAAGGAAAAAAUUGGAAUUAAAAAAAAAAUGAUUUCACAGGGUACCCCGCCUGUCGCCCGAAGUCGGCUGGGAUAGGCUCCAGCAUGCCCCCGCGACCCUAGUGAGGAUGAAGCGGUAUAGAAAAUGGAUGGAUGGAUGGAUGAUUUCACAGGGCCCUAAUUGGAAUAGUUUAGUGUUCAACAGCAUUGCGAGUGUGCCUACACUAGAGGGCGACAGAGAGCUGGAUGAAGCGAGGAUAACAUUUUGGUGCCUUGUCCAGCUUCAUGUUUUCACAAAAGCGUUGACACUUUCAAUGUAAAGAAGACACCAUAGGUGGACACGCUAUCUACUGGUAUCUUUACUCGACAUCUAUCACAAAAAGUGUGUCUAUUAUUAGUAUUAUGUUGAGAUAUUUCAAAGAUAAUGUACAUACGUGUUGUCAUGAUUUGCACUCUGCUUGGUUCUGCUGCCCUCUGCUGUGUCCUUGCAGUCCUGCUGAGGACUCUUCCCU